AUGCCGAAACGGCGCAUCGGUCAUACAGGGGACAUCCUCUCGCACCCCCUAGUCGGGCUAUUCAAAACGGUUCUUCCUGUUGUGCAUCGACCGUUUGUCGAGGGUGGCGGUGCUGCAAUGCUAACCCGACCACGGCAGUGGAAUUUUCUUGGUGUCUUCCUUGGCCCUGUCGUGGUUGUUGGCAGUUGGCCAAAUGGCGAAUCGUUGGAUCCAAUCCAAGCGAGUGUCCCACAAGGGCCCAUCAUCGUGGAUACUAUUCUAGUCCCCAAGAAAAUCAAGCAGCAUAUUUUGCAGAUUCUGCUUGGGCAAAAUUCCAGGGAUUAUUUCUAG